GGAGAUGCCCUCAUUGCUGGAGAACCCCACGGAGGACCUGGACAUUGGAGAGCAGCCAUGCCUUUUUGCGCGUGCUUGGGGCCCCAACACCCACAAGACCAUUCUCCGGAAUGUCUCCCGUUUGAUCGAUCAGGAAACCUGGUGGCACAUCCCGGAGAUCCAAAACGCUUGCGCGAUCGAAUUUGUGAUGGAUGAGAUCGUCAAGGAGCUCCUGGCGGACUUGCGGGCUUCUGAGGCCGAGAAGAGUGGUCUGAACCGAACGCCUUCGCUGAUCUCCCGGAUGAUGCCGCCGGCCAUGGGGCUCAACAGGCUGCCCUCCUUCCACCAGCAAGCUUUGCACAAGGAACAGACGGGGCCCGCCACGCAGCUUGCAAAGAAGAUGCACCUCCCGAAAGCCAAGGCCUUGCAUCGCCGUGGCUCUGGGAGCAGGUUGUCCUCCAAUCGGAGCCUGGCAGAUUUGGCUCUCAUGGGCGGACUUCCACCCUGAUGCCGCCGGCUUCUCCGCUCAACGCCACGAGCGGCUUCGGCCGUCCCAGCGGCACGGUUCAGCCACCGGAUGUUUGGGUCUCGGACUCACCAGAGAAGCCCCAAAGGUAGAAGAUCAGGAGACCUUAAUGGCACUUUCUGAUGGGGCUACCAUGGGGUUGUAGCCAGUCUGGUCUGGAGAUCUGGUUUGGCGGGCUUCGAGAAUCUUCCGCAAGGCGAGUGGCGCCACUCGCAUGCAUCUUCCCAACUUUUUGAUUGAAUGCCGUUGCACGGCGGGGGUCACUUUCAAUGGACCUAAUGGGCCGUUCGUUGGGCCUGCAGACCUUGAUGAUUCGAAAAUAAAGAGGUCGCUGGCGUGGGUGCCACGGGAGCCCAAAGACAUGGGGAGUUGGCCAGGGUUCUUUCCUUGGGAUUCCGGCGUGUUUGGACAUGCAGACUUUAGGCUGGAAUUGUUUGAUGUUUAGAUUCUAGAAUGCUCUAAGAACAACCGUCAUGCACCCCUUUCGGGGUCCCUUGACAUUCUUCUCCUCAGGGC